AGGAGUUGAUUUGCUGUAACACUGCUGACUGUCAUUUCCUCCUCAGUGUACACAGAGAGAGAGAGAGAGGGUGGGGAACAAGAGGGUGCAUGGCCCAGGGACACAGAGUGGCCUGACGGUGGGGAAGUUAUCACCGGCCCUGGCUUUGGGGCUGGGAGCCAGUCUGCAGACCCUGUACAAUCCCCCCAGCCCCCCUUUCCUGAGUGUCUGAGUGGCUUUGAGCUGGGAACUGCGGAUUGAGGAAAAUGGUUCGCAUUCUCGCCAACGGAGAGAUCGUGCAGAACGAUGACCCCAGAGUCCGGAACACACCGCAGAGACGGGAGGAUCUGAACAGACCCCGGCAGGGUUUUAUCCAUAACUCUGAGAGUGCAAACCACUUUUAUCAGGGACAAGCCAAUCAAGGUCACUCGCUGUUUGCCAAUCUGAACCAACGAUUGAUUAACAUGGGAUUUCCACGUUGGAAUCUGGGGAAUCAAGUCAUUGAGCCACUCAUCUCUGUCCUCUUGAUCCUGUUGCUAAUGAUGUUCGGAAUGCGUGGUCUUCUCCUGAUUGGUGGGCUUUACCUCUUUUCUCGAUUUACUCAACGGUAACUCAGUUAGUUACGGAGAGUGGUUUUAUCUGACUCUGUACAAGUCUACGUGAAUUUUUAUUUUAUUUUCCUCCUACUUAUCAAACUGGUGAUCUGAGAAUAUUUACAAUUGACUAUAUAUAAAAAAAGAUGAGGAUUGUUUAAA